GGGGCGAGGGCUCGGGAAGGCGGCGGGGCGAGAGGCCGGCGCGGGCGGGGGCGCGGGCGGGGGCGCGGGCGCGGGCGCGGGCGCGGGCGCGGGCGCGGGCCGGGGGGCGGUGGGACGCUGACCCCGCCCCCUGCUGCUGCUAGUCUGCGCCGGGCGGCGGCGGCGGAGCCCGGAACAUGGCGGCGGCGGCGGCGCGCAGCUUCGGGCCGGAGCGGGAGGCAGAGCCGGCCAAGGAGGCGCGCGUUGUGGGCUCUGAGCUGGUGGACACGUAUACGGUUUACAUCAUCCAGGUCACGGAUGGCAGCCAUGAGUGGACGGUCAAGCACCGCUACAGUGAUUUCCAUGACCUGCAUGAAAAGCUCGUGGCAGAGAGAAAGAUUGAUAAGAAUCUCCUUCCGCCCAAAAAGAUAAUUGGGAAAAACUCAAGAAGCUUGGUGGAGAAGCGGGAGAAGGAUCUGGAGGUCUACCUGCAGACGCUCCUGGCCGCCUUCCCGGGCGUGGCCCCCAGGGUGCUGGCCCACUUCUUGCAUUUUCACUACUAUGAGAUAAAUGGUAUCACUGCGGCACUGGCUGAGGAGCUUUUUGAAAAAGGGGAACAGCUCCUGGGGGCCGGCCAGGUCUUCGUCAUUGGGCCCCUGCAGCUAUAUGCGGUCACCGAGCAGCUGCAGCAGGGAAAGCCCACAUGCGCCAGUGGGGACGCCAAGACUGACCUUGGGCACAUCCUGGACUUCACCUGUCGCCUUAAGUACCUUAAGGUUUCUGGCACAGAAGGACCUUUUGGGACCAGCAACAUUCAGGAGCAGCUCCUGCCUUUCGAUUUGUCUAUAUUCAAGUCACUUCAUCAGGUGGAGAUAAGUCACUGUGAUGCCAAGCACAUCCGGGGGCUGGUCGUGUCAAAGCCCACCUUAGCCACCAUGAGCGUCCGCUUCUCAGCAACUUCGAUGAAGGAAGUCCUUGUUCCUGAAGCCUCGGAAUUUGAUGAGUGGGAGCCAGAAGGCACAGCCCUGGAAGGCCCUGUGACUGCUGUCAUCCCCACAUGGCAAGCGCUGACCACUCUAGACCUGAGCCACAACAGCAUCUCGGAGAUUGAUGAGUCUGUGAAACUGAUUCCAAAGAUUGAGUUCCUUGAUCUGAGUCACAAUGGAGUGCUGGUCGUGGACAACCUGCAGCACCUGUACAACCUCGUGCACCUGGACCUGUCCUACAACAAACUCACCUCUUUGGACGGGGUUCACACCAAACUGGGGAACAUCAAGACCCUGAACCUGGCAGGCAACCUCCUGGAGAGUCUGAGUGGUCUGCACAAGCUCUACUCCCUGGUCAACCUGGAUCUCAGCAACAACAGAAUCGAACAGAUGGAGGAGGUCAGGAGCAUAGGCAGCCUCCCGUGUCUGGAGCACGUGGCUCUGCUGAACAACCCUCUGAGCAUCAUCCCCGACUACCGGACCAAGGUGCUGGCUCAGUUUGGAGAGAGGGCCUCUGAGGUCUGUCUGGACAACACAGCAACCACAGAGAAGGAACUGGACACUGUGGAAGUGCUAAAAGCGAUUCAGAAAGCCAAGGAGGUCAAGUCCAAACUGAACAACCCAGAGAAGAAGGUCGGUGAGGAUUCUCGUCUCUCAGCUGCCCCCUGUGUCAGACCCAGCGGCUCCCCUCCCACCGUGGCUCCCACGUCUGCCUCCCUGCCCCAGCCCAUCCUCUCCAACCAAGGAAUCAUGUUCGUGCAGGAGGAGGCCCUGGCCAGCAGCCUCUCAUCCACUGACAGUCUGACUCCUGAGGACCGGCCCAUUGCCCGGGGAUGCUCUGAUUCCCUGGAAUCCAUCCCUGCGGGACAGGCACCUUCCGAGGAUUUAGGGGAUGUGCCGGGAGCUGUUGGCGGUGCAAGCCCAGAGCAGGCAGAGCCAGAGGUCCAGGUCGUGCCUGGGUCUGGCCAGAUCAUCUUCCUGCCCUUCACCUGCAUUGGCUACACGGCCACCAACCAGGACUUCAUCCAGCGCCUCAGCACACUCAUCCGUCAGGCCAUCGAGCGGCAACUGCCUGCGUGGAUUGAGGCUGCCAACCAGCGGGAGGAGGGCCAGGAUGAGCAGGGCGAGGAUGACGAGGAGGAGGAGGAAGAGGACAUUGCUGAGAACCGCUACUUUGAAAUGGGGCCCCCAGAUGUGGAAGAAGAAGAAGAGGGUGGCCAAGGGGAGGAAGAGGAGGAGGAGGAGGAAGAGGAGGGUGAGGAGGAGCGCCUGGCCCUGGAGUGGGCCCUGGGCGCGGACGAGGACUUCCUGCUGGAGCACAUCCGCAUCCUCAAGGUGCUCUGGUGCUUCCUGAUCCACGUGCAGGGCAGCAUCCGUCAGUUCGCCGCCUGCCUCGUGCUCACUGACUUUGGCAUCGCCGUCUUCGAGAUCCCGCACCAGGAGUCGCGGGGCAGCAGCCAGCACAUCCUCUCGUCUCUGCGCUUUGUCUUCUGCUUCCCACACGGCGACCUCACUGAGUUCGGCUUCCUCAUGCCGGAGCUGUGUCUGGUGCUCAAGGUGCGGCACAGCGAGAACACGCUCUUCAUCAUCUCAGACGCCGCCAACCUCCACGAGUUCCACGCUGACCUGCGCUCGUGCUUCGCCCCACAGCACAUGGCCAUGCUGUGCAGCCCCGUGCUCUACGGCAGCCACACCAGCCUGCAGGAGUUCCUGCGCCAGCUGCUCACCUUCUACAAGGUGGCAGGCAGCUGCCAGGAGCGCAGCCAGGGCUGCUUCCCUGUCUACUUGGUCUACAGUGACAAGCGCAUGGUGCAGACGGCCGCCGGGGACUACUCAGGCAACAUCGAGUGGGCCAGCUGCACGCUCUGCUCGGCCGUGCGGCGCUCCUGCUGUGCGCCCUCUGAGGCUGUCAAGUCUGCCGCCAUCCCGUACUGGCUGCUGCUCACGCCCCAGCACCUCAACGUUAUCAAGGCCGACUUCAAUCCCAUGCCCAACCGUGGCACCCACAACUGUCGCAACCGCAACAGCUUCAAGCUCAGCCGUGUCCCGCUCUCCACUGUGCUCCUGGACCCCACACGCAGCUGCACCCAGCCUCGGGGUGCCUUUGCUGAUGGCCACGUACUUGAGCUGCUUGUGGGCUACCGCUUUGUCACCGCCAUUUUCGUGCUGCCCCAUGAGAAGUUCCACUUCCUGCGCAUCUACAACCAGCUGCGGGCCUCGCUGCAGGAUCUGAAGACUGUGGUCAUCGCCAAGACCCCUGCCACCGGGGGCAGAUCCCAGAACCCUCUUGUGGAUGGCCAGCCUGCCGAGGGCAGGGCCAGAUGCAGCAAUGACCAGCGUCCCCAGGAGGCCCCGGCAGAGGCUCUAGCACCAGGUCCAGCUCCCGUGGAGGCAUCAGCCCUGGCCCCAGCCCCAGUGGAAGUCCCAGCUCCAGCCUUGGCAGAGGCCCCAGGCCCAGCAAAGACCCCCGCAGAGGCCCCAGCAGAGGCCUUGGCCCCAGAGGAGACCCCAGCAGAGACUCCAGUGGAGGCCCCGCCCCCAGUAGAGGCCCCAGUACAAGCUGAGCUGCCGGCCCAGUACCCAAGCGAGCACCUGAUCCAGUCUGCCUCGGAGGAGAAUCAGAUCCCUUCACACCUGCCCGCCUGCCCAUCACUGCAGCACAUUGCCAGCCUGCGGGGGAGCACCAUCGUCGAGUUCUUCCACAGCAGCAUUGCUGAGGUUGAAAACGAGGAACUGAGGCACCUCAUGUGGUCCUCAGUGGUGUUCUACCAGACCCCGGGGCUGGAGGUGACUGCCUGCGUGCUGCUCUCCACCAAGGCCGUGUACUUCGUGCUGCACGACGGUCUCCGCCGCUACUUCUCCGAGCCACUGCAGGAUUUCUGGCAUCAGAAAAACACUGACUACAACAACAGUCCCUUCCACAUCUCUCAGUGUUUUGUUUUAAAACUCAGCGACCUGCAGGCAGUCAAUGUUGGGCUUUUUGACCAGUAUUUCCGGCUGACGGGCUCCUCUCCAGUACAGGUGGUUACCUGCUUGACGCGGGACAGCUAUCUGACACACUGCUUCCUCCAGCACCUCAUGGCUGUGCUCUCCUCUCUGGAACGCACGCCCUCACCUGAGCCUGUUGACAAAGACUUCUACUCCGAGUUUGGGAACAAGACCACAGGGAAGAUGGAGAACUAUGAGCUGAUCCACUCAAGCCGCGUCAAGUUCACCUACCCCAGCGAAGAGGAGAUUGGGGACCUGACAUUUAUCGUGGCCCAGAAGAUGGCUGACCCAGAGAAGGCACCGGCCCUCAGCAUCCUGCUGUACAUACAGGCCUUCCAGGUGGGCACGCCACCACCUGGGCGCUGCAGGGGCAUGCUGCGCCCCAAAACGCUCCUGCUCACCAGUGCCGAGAUCUUUCUCCUGGACGAGGACUUUGUCCAUUACCCACUGCCUGAGUUCGCCAAAGAGCCACCACAGAGGGACCGGUACCGGCUGGACGACGGCCGCCGUGUCCGGGACCUGGACCGCGUGCUCAUGGGCUACCAGACCUACCCACAGGCUCUUACCCUUGUUUUUGAUGACGUACAGGGCCAGGACCUCAUGGGCAAUGUCACCCUGGACCACUUUGGGGAGGUGCCAGGUGGCCCGGCCAGAGCUGGCCAGGGCCGUGAGGUCCAGUGGCAGGUGUUUGUCCCCAGUGCCGAGAGCCGCGAGAAGCUCAUCUCAUUGUUGGCCCGCCAGUGGGAGGCCCUGUGUGGCCGGGAGCUGCCUGUUGAGCUCACCGGCUAGCCCGGGGUGCAGCCAGCCCUCGCCCUCCAUGUCCAGCCUGGCAUCCACGCAGGGCGGGAGCAGGCUUUCUCUGUUCUUUUUAAAGUAAUUUCCCCUCUCUUUUGGUACCUUCAUCUGAGUGUCCUCCCAGAGAAUGUGAACAUACGUGUUCAGUUGAUUCUUUCUAAUCCUGGGAGUGACAGCACCAGCCCCUCCAGGGCCUCCAUGUGCUGUCAGCCUCUCGUGGUAUGUUGCCUGCCCUGGUGCGACAUGGCCAGGCACACCAGUGUUGUGUCUUUUGUCAUGAGACCGUUGUUAACAUGUGGCACUGUGGGUCUGAUUUACUCUGUUACGCGUCCUUUCCUGAAACGUGGAGUCUAGUCUUGUGGAUGUAGCUGUCAUUGUGGGCAUUUGCUGCUAAUCGUGAAGCUGGCAGCAAAAUGCACAUUAGAAGCUCCCACCCUGUGCAGUUUUCCAAAGUGGGGGCCUCUCCUGGUCCAGACAAAUGGGAGAGCACAGUGGGGGCAGGAGGCCCCCAGGCCUUGGGGCUGAGAGGGGUGGGGGCAGGGGACCUAGAGCUGCCAGCACCAAGUGUGAUUCCUGUUGCCUAUUUUCUCUAUUCCAAUAAAGCAAAGUUUGACACAG